AAAUAACCCGCUCGCUAAACCCACAGGGAAUGGAACCCACAGCUCUCCAAAAGACGAACGUACCGUUCUGACAGGCACAGAGCAUCCAUUCCAUAUGUGGGAUGCAGCUCAGCCACGUGAUAUAGUGCAUCAUCGUGUCAGUUUAAUGUGCACAUCAAAAAAGAGCUAUGGAUGACAAGCCAGAGGACACUACUACACUACAAAGUAAUGAUGUAACAGAGGGAGGAUUGAGUUCAGCGAGAGAGAGUGUCAGGAAAACCUGCACAGAUUUGGAUGAAGUGCUCAACGCUGCUGGUCUGGACUGUUCAUACUGGUCAAAGGUGCUACAGGAUGAACUUAAUAUCAGUGUUGAAAAGCAACUGGCAUAUCUGGGACAUGAAGAAUUUCAGUUGCUUAGACCUCACAUUCGUCAUAAGUGGGAGGGCAGGGCUCUUCAGACAUUGUUUGGAAGUUCAGCGAAAGAAGGUGAUAAAGCUGUCACAUUUGCUAAUUUAGAGAAAAAUGUCAGUGAUUAUGAGAAGGAAUGUAAAAUCAACAUGCCCCAAAUUAAAACUGAAAGACAAGAGCUUGAAGACAAAAUAAGUCCCGUCAAGGAGCAAAUCUGUAGCAGUUCGGUGCCUAAACAGGUACAUGACAGUGUUACAAAUUUACUCAAACACUCAUCUUCUGAUAAUCAUUCCACACAUUCAUCUUGUCUGACUAUAUCUGAUACAGAGGUUUUAACCAUGUCUUCAGGGGGUCUUGCUUUGCAAGGUGUAUACAAAACUAGUGACAUCCGGGAUUUGUUGAAAGAUAGAAAACAGAUAAUCGAAGCUGACACCUGUAAACUCAUUUCUCCAAUUCACAAGGCUGAGUACAAAAACAAUGAAUUUUACUCUGACAAGUCUUACAAGUCAUUUUUGGAGUUCACAGAGAGAUUUGGCUUUACCUCUUGUGGAAAACUGAGCUCUAGUUUUAAGCUUGGAUCUGCUAAUUUUAGCUUGGAAAGUGCUUCAGGAUUAACUACAGAUUUGUGUGCGUAUGAAAAUUUUGAGAGGUCAUAUGCAUCCGCUACUAUCUGUGAUUACAUUCCCCUGGCUUGUACCAAUAUCAGUCAACCUAAACUGUCUGAUCUUGCUCUUAAAGAACUUCAGGAAAUUGAGAAUAUAUUGUUGAUGUUUGAUGAAGAAAAAUUCUAUCCACGGAAUCUGCUGAGAAGCACUGAACGUUUCUUUGAGGGGUUUGGUUCUCAUGCCUCCCUAGGACCAAUCCAUUUUGGUGGGACAUUCUGGUGGAAAGCUUGUUCUGAGGGUUUCUCACACAAUAAAUUUAACAGGGUUAAAAGUAAACUCUCACAAACACUGCAGAUGAGCGUUGCUUUUCAAGAUAGUAUACCAUCCGAAUCCAACACGGGUUUUGCAGGUAUAUCUGUUUCAGCUGCUGUUGGAGCACAUGUUGAGACUGAUAGUAAUGAGCAGCAGAUUGAAGUGCAGUUGUUUAUUCACAAGACUGGAGGACCUGCUGAGGUAGAUAACCAUAAAAGGUGGAAGCAAGCUCUGGCCACAAGCAACAAGACCUGGGCAGUAAUUGACAGAGGAUCCAGUUUGACUCCGAUUUGGGAAAUCAUCAAGUCAUCACAUAUGAAUGAUUUCAAGGAUACAAUAACACUAUGCAGAUUCCUCAUGAAUGCCUACAAAGAAAUCACAGGCCAGGAUUCAGAGCCAUGGUGGGGAGACAAUGAGCUCAGAGUGAAGAAGGAGGUUGAGGAAACGAUGCAGUCUGUGGAAGAAUGUCCUGCUUCCGAUGCUGAAAAGGGUUUAAGGCAGUUACUUGAAAUAAAGAGAAGAAUACUGAAAGAGACACAUUCAUCCAGGAUGUGGAUUCAGUGCCUCUCAAAUAAAAAGAUUCAAAAAUUUUUAAUGAGUGUUACAGUGGAACACAGCGCUAAACACUUGAGAGUUCUGAUGCAGUCAGUGAUGGAGUAUCACUGCAACGAUGAAGAUUUCCCAAAUGUAUCCGUGAUUUUGAAAUGGAUGAAUGAACAGACACAGGUCCAUGAAACAAAAAGUGAUGUUAUCACAUCAGUCUCUAACUUAUCUGAGCUGGAACCUCUCUUAAGAGCAGUCAGAGAUAAUUUACAGAGCAAUCCUUCACAAGAAACAAAAAUAUCUGCUACUUGCACAGUCACCAAUACUUUUAAUUCAUUUUUUGCACAUUUGGAGAAAAGUGGCCAUUAUGACUUGGUGCUGCUUCUUCAGUCAGUGAUUUGUCUUGUGGGUUACAAGAGAGAAACAUUUGAUCCCAUCCUUGGUUUGCCUGAAGUUGAGUUUUUAUUAGAAAGACUAUCAGAGGUGCAUACAACUUACUGUGCUCUGAGGGAAAUGAGUCUGGAGAAGGCCCAAGCUUACACGUUGCUCACAAUUUUGACUGUGUCCCAUGACGGAUGCAAAGUGUCCCCUUUGGACAAAAAAGAGAGACUUAAAGGUUAUAUGCUGAAAAUGGAUUCGGUGACUUUGCCUGAAAUCACUGCAGUGAUUAACCGCUUUGAAGCCCACAAGAGAUGGAAUGUACUUGAGGGACAACUGAUGUCUCUGACUGGAAUAGUGGAAGAACAGGCAACCAUUUCUCAGAAAACAAGUAAAGAUUUGCAAAAUUAUGUUAACAUUGUAGACACAAAUGUUAAGCAUAAACAUCAACAUGAAGAACAAUUUCUUGAUUUAGAAAACAGGCAGCUUCAAGAAUGUAGAAAGUUGCUUGAACGACUGGAUCUUCUGAAAUAUUACCCACGAAAGAUAACAACAGCUGAUCUUCUUCUAAUACGCAGCAUGUCUGUUAGGACAAGUGCAGAUAUGACAGAAAAUGAGCUUUGGACCCAAUUCAUCUGCAAACUCAUGGUGCUGGACAUAGAUGUAAGAUAUCUCUGCUGCAAAAAUGCUAAAUCUGAUGUGUCUGUUUAUGACACGAAGACAAGUGAUUAUUUCAGUUUUGAAAGUGAAACUUGUUUCAGUAUUCCUAAUGAAGAGUCACAUAUCCACCCCAUGGAUAUUCACAUGGCUGUUUUUCACUGUGCAGACGAUUAUGCUCGGCAGCGUAUUUUUGAACAGCUCACUUCAUGCCAAUUUGCGGUGCCUCUCCUGGUGCCAGAUCCCUCCACUCAAGAAAUUGAAGUUCCACUGUGGGCACUUCAACAGAUUAAAAAAACGUGGCAAUCCAAGGGUCACCCUGCACAGACAGGGGGAAAUGUGUUGCAGGACAAUAAAUAUAUAAUCAGUGUUCCAGUUCCGGUUGUCUCUUUCAUUAGACUGGGAACAUCUUCAAAUUCAAAAUCUCAGAUCAUGAAUUGCAUCAUCAACAGGAAGAAGCACCCAACAUUUUUCAGCCGUCAUUGCAGUGGAAGCACAAACAGUAGACUGCUGCUUGAUGGGGUUGCGGAAAUUUCCUGGUAUUGCCCUGGGGGGAAGGAGAAUGACAUUUUUGAAAAUUGUGUCGCAUUCAUUAAUCUCCAUGGGGAUGCUGUUCACUUUCCAAAACAGCUGGAGUUUCUUUGCAGAGUCAGCACAGUCAUUGUUCUCCUGCUCUCUGAAAAUCCACUAGAACCUGAGGCAAAGAAGACAGCAGAAAGUUUAUUGCAGGCCCCUCCUCGACUGGUCACAUUGUUCUCAGGAGCAGAGAAACCUGCCAGGAGAGAGCACUUCAGAGUCGCUGCUAAAGACAGAAAUGAGGCUGAACUGACAGAGGAAAUCAUCUCUAGUCUGAGACAUUGUCUGUCACAUCAUAAGAAGAUGCAGAGUGUGGAGAAUCACAUCGCUAAAGCAAUAGAGCAAGGACUACUUAAAGACACAAAGGAUGAGCUAUUGCAUGAGGGUAAGAAGAAAGCAAAGGACCUCAUAAAGACUUUGAAUUGUGAAGAAAAGAAAAAAGGUCUUGUAAGCUUGAAGGAGAAGUAUCUCCCUUUGCAGGGUGAACUGUGGAGCGAAUGGUGUACAAAAGAUAGGCAACUUUACCGUCCUCAGAACAAAACAGACAUGACUUUGGAACAGCAAAGGGAAGAAAUGCUGGAUGCCAAAAAAAUGCUUCGCCAACAACAACGGGAAAAAGCUCUAUCCCCAAAUACAUUCUUGGAUCAUUUUUUAAAGUGCUCCGUUUUUGCAGAGGAGCCACAGCGUUUUUAUAUGUUGCUUGAUCUUGAAAAGCAUCUUGAUGAACUUUUUAGAGAUGUUGUUGCUGAUCUGAAAAAGCAAUACCACUUAAAAUGGGCCACAAGCAGACAAAGUAUAAAAAGCAAAGAGGACAGAGAAGUUGAGCCCACUGACUCCCUGUCUGAGAUAGGUAAGAAAAUUAAAUCUGCCACAUUAGGACUUCAGCAUAUAAUACGCGAAAUUGCACAGAUUUAUGAAGCUUUUAAAAGUGUUGGACAAAUUGAGGAUUGUUACAAAAUUGAUAUAAACAAACUCCCUAAUAUAGCAGCUGAGAUCCUGUUGUCUGGGUACCCGUUGGAACUGAUGGAUGGCGAUGUCAAUCAUGUACCCCUAGAUUGGAUUAGCGCUGUUCUCAAGGAGCUCCUGAACAAACUUGGGGACAGACAAAUAUUUGUCCUCUCUGUUCUUGGAGCCCAGAGCUCUGGGAAAUCCACACUUCUCAAUGUAAUGUUUGGUCUGCAGUUUCCUGUAAGUGCUGGACAGUGUACACGGGGGGCGUUCAUGCAAUUACUCUCUGUAGGAGAAAACAUGAGAGAACUCGUUCACUUUGACUUUGUACUGGUUUUGGACACAGAGGGUUUACGAUCACUGCAACACUCUCAAAGGACUGUCAGACAUGACAAUGAGUUGGCCACUUUCGUUAUUGGUAUAGGUGACUUAACAGUUGUCAAUAUCAUGGGAGAGAAUCUGUCUGAUAUUCAAGACAUUCUGCAGAUUUGCUUUAAAGCUUUUGUGAGAAUGAAAUCUGUGAAAAUCAAGCCAAGGUGCAUUUUUGUCCACCAGAAUGUAUCUGAGUCAAAUGCUAAGGACAAAAACCAAGAGGGAAGGCGGCAGCUUAUAGAGAAAUUAGAUGAGAUUUCCAAGUUGGCUGCCGAGGAGGAGAAUCUGGAAGUUGAUGGCUUCAGUGACAUAAUACAAUUUGAUGUAGACACACAGGUGUUUUAUUUUAAGAAUCUGUUUGAAGGGGAUCCACCAAUGGCUCCUCCUAACCCUUCGUAUAGUCGGAAUAUUCAGGAGCUUAAGACCAAAAUCCUCUCAAUUUCUGAAUGGCAGCCAGGUUGCAAGUUCCCCACCCUUUCAGAGUUACAAAUGAGGAUAUCUGAUCUUUGGAAUGCACUGCUGAAAGAAGACUUUGUGUUCCACUUCCGCAAUACUCUGGACAUAGCUGUGUAUAACAAACUUGAGUAUCAGUGUGGAAAAUGGUCAUGGGAAUUGAGAAAACAUGCUCUGGAGACACAAAACAAUUUGCAUCACAAAAUCAUGGGUGGUGAGUUAAAAAGCAUUGAUGCAAGGAAAAUAAAUGACAACUUGGACGAGAUCUACCACCAACUAAAACCUGAUGUGGAGAAUUAUUUCAAAGAAAAUAAACAUGCAGACAUCAUGGUUCAGUGGAGAGCUAGCAUUGAGCAAAGACUUUACAACCUGAAAAAUGAACUUUUUGAGGAAAUAAAAGUGAAAGCAAAAGAGUUACUGGAGACAAAAGAAAUGUGUAAAGAGAUAGACCAAAGGAAAGCUGAGUAUGAAACUGAACUUUUUAACAAAAGCAAGGCCCUUGCAUCUGAACUCAGAGGAAAUACACUCAAUGAUGAAGAACUAAGGAAUCAGUUCAGCAAGCUGUGGACGGCAUUGGUAACCAAAGUGUCAGCAGAGAAACCUACAACCUCAGAGAAUCCUAGCAUCCAAAGUCUUGUGGAACACAUUCUGACGGAACGCUUCAUGAAGAACACUCACUUAAUUCGAGAAGACAAGGGAGUCUUCAGGUUUGAUGUGGACAAACAUGUUAAGUUGUCAUAUAAACAGUCAAUUACAACAUUAAGGGGAAUGUUCAACAUUAGUGAACUGACUGCUGAAGGAAACAGUCUGUCAAAAGAAAUAGAAGACCACAUAAGUGCAAUGAUUGCUGAGAGAGAAAGAGAAAAGUUGGAUGUGGGACAAGUUUUUAUUUAUGAGCUUUUGAAUGAAAUUGAAGAUGUCAUUGGUAAACACCAAGCAUCAAGUGAAAUAAAGCUGACAGAAUUAUUCAAGGAUCACAUUUCUAUUCACGUGUGCACUAAGGUAGUUCCCAAACUCACAGAAAUAGAGGCUAAUUUCAAGAAAUUCAAUGAUCCGCUGACAUAUCUCAACAGUCUUAAGGAAGAUUAUUUUGAGAUUUUCAGACACUUUUGUAAAGGUGCAACAUCAAUCAGUCUUCUUGUUGAUGUUCUUGGUAUCCACAUCAAAUCAACUCUUUUUGAGGCAGUUUUUGACAAAGCCACGAUUCAGAUAGUUGAGAAGUUAAAGUCCAGCCACCCAGUUUUCAGUGGAACAUGCUUGGAAAACCAUAUCCUGAAAUAUCUUGCCAAUAAAGAGGAUUUCAGCUUGUACAUGGAAUACAUCCAGGAGCCAAAAAAGUUUACCAGAGCAUUUCUCACAGAACAAGUUGAAGAGUAUCUCAGUGAUGCAAGUAAGGUUUUGGAGCUGUGCAGAUCAACUUUGUCAUAUAUACUAGACAAGGUGUUGAUUGAAAACAGUAAGGUAACAGCAAAAAUCGAGGAGAUGGGAGCUGAUACUUCCACAUGGAUAGAGGAAUUCUCUUCAGAACUCAGAAAUUUCAUGUCUGUCUCAACUUUUGACUUCAGUAAGAUUGAGAAUAUUCAGCUUCUUAAAGAAGAUGUGAAAUUUCUGAAAGAGUCAGUUGCUAAUAUGCUUGAAAAGAUACGCAAUAAUGGAAAGGAAGACUUAGAGAGGCUGCUGACCUCUGGUCCCCCUCUAUUUUGGUUCAGAAACAGACCGGAUGACAUUUUGUUCAAAGAGAUGUCUGGAUGCUGGGAGCAAUGUCCUUUUUGCGGUGCAGUGUGUACCAGUUCCAUCCCUGAUCAUGACACUGACCACUCUGUUACAUGGCACCGAUGUGAGGGAAUAGGUGGAUUGUUCUACGAAAAAACAAAGUGGUUCAGGGCAAACGAAAAACAGUUCUCUCUUGAUUUCUGUACAACAUCAGUCAGCAGCACAAAGUUGUUCUAUGUUCGAGAGUCAAAGAAAUGGAUUUCCUUCAGUGACUACAGGAAGGCAGGUCAACCAUACAACAGAUGGGACAUUUCUACAGAUGGAAAGCAGCAGUACUACUGGAAGUGGUUCAUAUGUACCUUCAGGUCAAAGUUGGAGGAAUCAUAUCAUUUUAAAUUUGAAGGCAAAGGACAGAUCCCUGACUCGUGGAGGAAGAUUACAAAGAAACAAGUUCUGGAAGAAUUGGGUUUCAAAACCUAAUAGGCUUAGAACAUGAAGUGACGAGACACAAAAUAUUUUCGGGGUGUUAAUGAGGAAAAGGGAGGAAAUAAGCAUCUGAAUUGUACAAACUGUUCACAAUUAGCACACUGAAUAGAUCAAUAACAUUUUAUUUUU